GAGGCGGUACAUGUUCAAGCUUUCGUAGAGGUCGACAACCUGCACGAUUUCAGCUCGUGUGCUCUUAAUUGCUACCCGGUACAGUUAAUAUUGGAAAAAAGAGAUUAUAUAUAAAUGGCUGCUCAUAAAUUAGUGCUGAUUCGCCACGGGGAGAGCUGCUGGAACCAGGAGAAUCGCUUCUGCGGAUGGUUUGAUGCUGACCUUAGUGAGACUGGGAUUCAGGAGGCCAAGAGAGGCGGACAGGCUUUACAUGAUGCUGGCUUUGAGUUUGACAUUUGCUACACCUCUGUUCUGAAGAGGGCCAUCCGUACCUUAUGGCUUGUUUUGGAUGGUAUCGACCAGAUGUGGCUUCCUGUGCACAGGACAUGGCGCCUGAAUGAGCGCCACUAUGGUGGCCUGACUGGCUUAAACAAAGCCGAGACUGCUGCCAAGCAUGGUGAGGCACAGGUGAAGAUAUGGAGGCGCUCCUACGAUAUCCCACCUCCUCCCAUGGUGGCAGACCAUGACUACUACAGCGUUAUUAGCAAGGACCGGCGCUAUGCCGACCUGACUGAGGACCAGCUGCCUGCUUGUGAGAGCCUGAAGGACACAAUUGCUCGUGCACUUCCAUUCUGGAAUGAAGAGAUCGUUCCUCAAAUCCAGCAGGGCAAGAGGGUGCUGAUUGCUGCUCAUGGUAACAGCCUGAGGGGCAUUGUCAAGCACCUGGAAGGUAUGUCUGAAGAAGCCAUUAUGGAGCUCAACCUCCCUACAGGCAUCCCCAUACUUUAUGAGCUAGAUGAAAACCUGAAGCCCAUCAAGCCAAUGCAGUUCCUGGGAGAUGAGGAGACUGUGCGAAAGGCCAUGGAGGCUGUGGCAGCACAGGGCAAGGCUAAGAAGUAGUUGGUCUCCAUAAACCGAAUAUUUAAAAGCACUGAAAAGCUCUAAAAGAAGCUACUGCUAAAUUCAUUAUACACCCUGAUUCAGUGCAUGUUUGGAAACUUGUAUAUUAGUGUUGUCACACUGGUAGUUCUUGAGUAUAUCCGACUGAAAAGUAGUUACGAAAAAUAUUUAUUGACCAAAUACCAUUGUGGACCAUCAAAUCAGUCUCGACAACCUACAACCAAAUACAAUCAUAUUUCAUCAUGGACCAGGAAUUUGAGCGUUAGGCUGCAGAGUUUACUGUAAUGUGUAAUCAGAUUGUACAUUUAAACAAAUGGUUUAACAAUUAACAUGUUUGUCUAAAUUAGUCUGUCUUUGGAUGUGAAGCACUUUGAAAGGAAUAAACAUGAGGCACUUUUGUUCCCAAA